UCCCGGACCCGCGCUGCGCUGGCUUUGGGGAGAAGCUCACCCGACGGUUGGACGCCCGGAGCGACUGGGGACAUUUUUUCAAACGCUGGGAACCCAGCUUCAGCAAACUGAGCCCCAACAAACUUCGUGACGCACCUGCCACCGCAUUCCUGUCCCCUGCGCAUUCCGCCUUGGGGAGUUACUUGCUUACCCUUUUUUUAUUUUACCUUUCUUUGGCACCGUUGGUCGAAUACACACACCCAAUAUGCUGUCGCAGAGAUUAAUAGGCCGCACCGCGGUGAGGUCGGCGUUCAAGCCGUCAGGGUUGCCCUCUGUUGUUGGCGCGUUGAGAUGGGGGCGGACAUACGCCACCGAGGCUGAGUCGAGGGACCUCGUCAUCAUUGGCGGAGGUGUCGCCGGCUACGUCGCCGCCAUCAAGGCCGGUCAAGAGGGCAUGAAGGUUACAUGUAUCGAGAAGCGCGGCACCCUCGGUGGGACUUGCCUCAACGUCGGCUGCAUCCCCUCAAAAUCGCUCCUCAACAACUCGCACUUGUACCACCAGAUCCUCCACGACUCAAAACACCGCGGUAUCGAGGUCGGCGACGUCAAGCUCAACCUGAAACAGCUGAUGAAGGCCAAGGACCAGUCUGUUUCGGGCCUGACCAAGGGUGUCGAGUUCCUGCUCAAGAAGAACGGUGUCGAGUACAUCAAGGGCGCGGGUUCGUUCCAGGACGAGCACACGGUCAAGGUCGAGCUGAACGAUGGUGGCGAGACGAGUGUAACCGGCAAGAACAUCCUUAUCGCGACCGGUAGCGAGGUUACCCCGUUCCCCGGCCUCGAGAUCGACGAGAAGACGGUUAUUAGCAGCACUGGCGCCAUUGCGCUUGAGACGGUGCCCAAGAAGAUGACGGUCAUUGGUGGUGGUAUCAUUGGUCUGGAGAUGGCGUCGGUGUGGUCCCGCCUUGGGUCGGAGGUUACUGUGGUUGAGUUCCUUGACCAGAUCGGCGGCCCGGGCAUGGACACCGAGAUCGCCAAGAGCAUCCAGAAGAUCCUCAAGAAGCAGGGCAUCAACUUCAAGACGGGUACCAAGGUCCUCGGCGGCGAGAAGUCUGGUGAGGGUGUCACGAUCAACGUUGACUCGGCCAAGGGAGGCAAGGAAGAGACGUUCGACGCCGACGUCGUCCUCGUUGCGAUUGGUCGUCGCCCGUACACCAACGGCCUCGGUCUCGAGAACAUCGGUCUCGAGCUUGACGAGCGUGGCCGCGUGAUCAUCGACUCGGAAUACCGCACCAAGAUCCCCCACAUCCGCUGCGUCGGUGACGCCACCUUCGGGCCCAUGCUUGCGCACAAGGCCGAGGAAGAGGCUGUUGCUGCUGUCGAGUACAUCAAGAAGGGCUACGGUCAUGUCAACUACGGCUGCAUCCCCUCUGUCAUGUACACCUUCCCCGAGGUCGCCUGGGUUGGCCAGUCGGAGCAGGACCUGAAGAAGGCGGGCAUCAAGUACCGCGUCGGUACCUUCCCCUUCAGCGCCAACUCGCGCGCCAAGACCAACCUGGAUACGGAGGGCAUGGUUAAGAUGCUCGCCGACCCCGAGACGGAUCGCCUCCUCGGUGUCCACAUCGUUGGCCCCAACGCCGGUGAGAUGAUUGCCGAGGGUACGCUGGCGCUCGAGUACGGUGCGUCGAGCGAGGACAUCGCGCGCACCUGUCACGCGCACCCCACGCUCGCCGAGGCGUUCAAGGAGGCGGCGAUGGCGACAUACUCCAAGGCGAUCCACUACUAAGAGGGGUAGAUUGGCUUGGGGUAUGGGGCGUAGUGGUUUCUUGCGUUCCUGUACUUUAGCUUGUUUUCCCUCGUAAGGCAUUAUUCGGUAAAUGGACUCCGCCGGAUAGCAAGCAUCGAAAGCUGAACUUUAAUCUACCGAGCAGGCGAGCGGUGAGCUUUGCGUCACGUUGUGUUAAAGGCCACUGUUUAUUUGAUACUGGAUGGGUGUAGAAGGACAUGGUAGUAUCUCGUGACAAGAUAGAGUUUCUUUUUUCAUCUUCACUUUUCCAGUUGUUGAGUCUGAGUAUAAGGGGUUGAGUGGUUGAGUGGUGUGUCGUGCUUGGUGAGGUAUGACUGUGAGACGUCCACGGUUCUCUACACCCAAUCAGCCAACAUUUUAGGGUCGAGGAGGGCGGUGAUCUCGAGGAAAAGACAAGCCGAGUAAGGCAGUGACUAUUAUUCAAUCUUUCUCCG